AUAUGUAACGUUUUCGAAACUUUGCUGUACGCGACACAUUAAACAGCCUGUCUACUCUGCAGCCCCCCACCGCAUACCGGGCACCUCCUGGCUAGAGACAAACUAACCGGAGUCUAAAUUUACACAUACCCUUGCACCUUCUGACAAUUCGUCUUAUAUGCGCAAAUGAUAUUCUCUGGUGCCUAAUUAUACAAAUGAAUAUGCUUACUCAUAUAUGUUCAAGAAUUACAAUUCACUGUGAUUGACGUUGGUUAGUUAUGGAAAAUACCAAGAUACGACUCUCUGGUUUUAUAUAGUCGGGCACUCUGCAACCUCAUAUUAAAAGUAGCCCAGACUUUAUACGGGCAAUUAAAGUUCGAAAUGGAAUCCUUUUGUUAUCGUCAUCUCUUUCGGUGCAAGUCAUUGUACACUGCAUAAGCUGACUUGUAAAUCUUAUUAUUAGCUAUUAUGGAAUCACCACCGAAGAGGCUAGCCCAAUUAUUGUAAUCCUUUGCCCUGUUUUGUUUCUCUUCGGACCACUGAAUUGCGUCAGUGAAUAGUAUUAAGGCUGUAUAUAAGCAUGGGUACUGGAUAUUUGUCCAAGUUCUUGUUACUUAUAAAUAACAGUCCAUAAGGUGAUGUAUGUGCCUAGUACGAGGAAUAAUUCUAGUACAUACCAUUCAGUCAUUAAGAAUUUGUUGAUUCAUUGUAAUAUAAAUGCUAAUUACUUAAAUGCAUUGAUUUCAGAUCUGGGUAUAAUAGAGUAAACAGGAUAUUUGGCCUUGGUAAACGAAAUUAAUCCAACUAGUUAUUUACAAAAAGCGCUCUCCCGGUGUCACUAUUUCCAUUGAUAUAAUACUUAUGUGGACUCCUCCAGUUUGUGAUAACCCUCCACCUUUCAACAUCGAGAAAGAGCUGGUUCCUACCGUAAUAUCGGAAUCAUCAUCCAAAUCAUCUGGUGUAUCUUCCUCCUCUAGUGGUUUAGACCGUGAUUUUUUGAAAGAGGACUGCCCACAAUAUACUGCACAAAACAUCAGAUACCAACACUAUCCGGUUCCGGUUAAUUAUCCCGUCACUUUACUCUCGUUGAGUCUAAGGUAAACUUCUUGGAGCGACUUCCUGGAUACCAGUUCCAUGAGUGUCUUUCGUUUGUACAAAGAACUCUAAUGGAAUCGAAGGUUCGAUGCUUGUCAUUUCCAUACCAAAUACUUCCCACUUGUGGGUCGAAAGUGUACCUGUAUACAUGGACUCUUCCAAGAAAUGAAAUAAUAACUCAGCUAUGUUCACUUGCCGCAACAUGUUUUCAAGACACAAAUAUGUCUGUUGGACUUUUGUUUUCAAAACCAAUAUCCAAAAAAGAUUAUGUUUGUCGAAUUCCUCUUUAUCUAACUCGUGGUAUGGUUCGUUCACGUGUGCGAUUAGUAGGAACAUUUACACUGAAUGAGGAGGAAUUGAAGUGUGUCGAAUCAGCUCAUCGUGUGAUAGCUGAAUUAAUUACAAAUAUUGGUCAUAUUUCGCAUGUUGGUUAUAAACCAUCAGAUCCCCUUCUCCGUACUCAUUUCGACAGACAAAAUGCUUCAACGGAUGUCUCUGAAUCUCUCCGUGUCAUAUUGUUCGAUCGAUUUGGUGACUUAUUAUUCAAUCCCGAGAAAGCAAAUAUCCUGUCACUGCUGACGCUGAUCCGACUACCAGAUUGUAGUAUCGAUUAUGAAGCACUCAACACACUCCUAGAAUGGUCUUUUUGUCGAGCUAAUGGAAUUUCAACGGCUGAUGAUAAUUCAUCUGUAAAUGUCAAACCUGUACAUGGUAUUGUGCCUAAAUGGAGAAUCCGAUUGAGUCAAAUACCGCAAGACAAUUGGGUUGGAUUGGUAAUCAAACCUAAUCAUUUGCCAGAUAGUGAUCCUGGUAUGUUUUCUAUCUCGAAAAUUAGUUCGGAAACUGCUUUGAGUAUUAUACCAGAAACCUAUGCUUCUAAACUUGGUGAUUUCCAAAAUGUCAAAAGCGCCUCAUGUCUAACUUAUUUAGACUAUUAUACAGUUAAAUAUCAACAGAUGAAAAGCAUAUCUUCUACAAUAAAUCCUUCACUACCAUUGUUUGAAUGUAUGAGAAUAACUCGUCAUCAGAAUUCCACUCAAGUUAAUGCAGGUUUGCGAAAAAACAAAUCAUUAAUCAAACCAUCAGUGUUCCUUUCUGACGCUUGUUUGGUGCAUCCAUUAUCUUCAUGGAUAUGGUUCCAAGUUUCCUUGAUACCAACAAUUCUCUACCAAAUGUCACGAGCAUUAUUAGCUUCACAACUAUUUACAGAGUUGAAUUACGAACUGAAAAGUUCUCAACCAUUCUCUCAAAUUAGAAUGAAUUCACUAACUAUAACCAACGAUUCACUUUCUCAUACAACCAUACUUGUUCCUGAUCGUUUAAGUGCUCCUGUUUUUUCGAAUGGUGAACAGAUAGAACAAAAUGUCUUCGAUUUUGAAGUGGAUAGAGCAACUUCAGAAAUGGAUAAAAAAUUGGAUAAUGAAGCCUAUAAUGAAAGUUUAGAGAAAUUUGCAAUUUGUCCUCAUCCUAAUAACCUAAUUGAACCAACUACAUUACUAGGAGCUCGAGAUGCAGUAGAUCUCGAACGUUUAGAAUUUUAUGGUGACUCAUUUCUACAUUUUAUAGCUACAUUGUGUGUUUAUGGUACCAAUCCUCAAGAUGCUGAUGAAGGGUGUUUAAGCUCAAAAAGAGGUUUACUUGUGUCAAAUGCUCAUCUUUACGAUAUCGCUUGUGACUUAAAAUGGUAUGAAUAUUGUACUAGUCAAAUAUUUUCUCCACCAGAACACUUCUUACCGCCAUGCUACAUUGUUGCAUCCGAGGCUUGCAAAACAGAUCCACGUCUGUAUAUUCGUUUAACAGAUAAAUCUCUAGCAGAUAUGGUCGAAGCACUGAUAGGAUGUUUCUUACUACGUUUAGGAUUACGUGCUGCUUUGAAUUUACUCCACUACCUUCAAAUAUGUCCUGUGAACUGGAAUACCUUGACGAUUAACAAGCAUUUUGAAGUUGGAGCUCCAUGGCAUUUGUUUUUACGUCCAAACUUACGUUCAGAACCCAAUUGUGCAAAUUCUACAAAUCCAUCAUAUAAAUCUUCACGUAUAUCAAAAGAAAUGAUACUAGAAUUAAAUCAAAAAUUUUUGAAAUUACAAGAAAAGCUAGGUUAUUGCUUUAAAGAAAUUGAACUACUUGCUGAAGCCAUGACUCAUCAGUCAUCAUCUAAUAAACAAUUUUGGGGCAAUUAUCAAAGAUUAGAAUUUCUUGGUGAUUCUAUAUUGGGUCAUAUUGUUAGCAAUUAUCUAUUUCAAAAAUGUCCAAAUUCAUCACCAGGUACAUUGACUCAAGCACGAUCUGCAAUUGUCAAUAAUAUUAAUUUAGCGAAUGUUGUAGUUGAGCAUGAAAUUCAUCUGUUCAUCGAUUUUGGGAAUUGCAAUUUGGAAGGAUCCAUUGAUGAGAUAAAAAAUGUUCAUCGUCAAACCAAUUCCUAUUCUGAACGUAUUGAGCUAAUUACAAAGAUCUUUUCUGGGCGCAAUAUCAAGGUGUUGGCUGAUGUUUUUGAAUCGAUUCUUGGUGCAAUUUUUGUAGACAGUAAUGGUAAUCAUCAAAUCAUAUCAGCUGUUAUUCGUCGAUUCCUGGGUAAAUCUAUGGAUACUUUCAUUACUAAUUCUUCUGUCCAACAAGUUCAACAAAUGAUUUUACCAUAUCCUGAUAUACGAUAUAACAACUCAACACCCUUGUUACCAAAUCUACGCGAAGAUGCUCAUAGUUCACCUGUGUGGAAUAAAGGUAAGCGCCUUUGCGUGACGGAAGAUACAGAAAAUGAUUCGCGUCUUCGACUCUUUGAAAGUUUUGAUAGGUUAUUAACUGAUGGCGAGAAGACAGAUUUGAAAUAAUCAGAAUAAAUCUUUUUGUUUAGAUCUAUUAUACUUUGUUCACUGAUUAUAAAUUUUCUUCAAAAAACCUAUUUUGUAUACUUUUUUGAGAGCUAUUCCCUAUUUUUGUUCUUUGUAUAUUGAGCCAGUUUUUUAAUCCAAGUUUCAAAUAUUACAUACAACAAACUU